CUAGCCUACUGCCUCGCUCAGUGAUGAUGUCACAACCCAGCUCAGCAUCCCUGCUGUAGGAGGACAUCAGAGCCAUUUUGGCUUUUGGACCCCGGAGCAUUCAAGCCCCCUGUUAUCCCUGAACAACCCCGUACCUCCUCCAUCAUCACCAAGCCUCUUCGGGUACGUUUACGCACCCCAGGACUGUUUGUGGCUGGUGUUCAGCUACGCAGGAGAGGGGAGAAGGGGGGAUCUUCCUGGAGGAAAGUGAAACGGAGAGGAGGCAGAGCUGGACCACAACACACCGUAGAAACCAGAGGAGUCACGGGCAUAAACUGUAAAAACCCAAAGUAACCGGAGGGUCUUUCGCGCUAAAGGUGCUGGUAACCCUGUUUGCUGCUGAGAGACGGGCAGUGACAGAUAGCGAAGGAGAGAACGCGGGCACAGAGGCUGCUGGGCAGGAGGCGCCAUGGCAGGGGCCUCAGUGAAGGUGGCGGUGCGGGUCCGCCCCUUCAACUCGCGGGAGAUGAGCAAGGACAGCAAGUGCAUCAUCCAGAUGUCUGGCAACACCACCACGAUCCUCAAUCCCAAAGCACCAAAAGAGAAUAAGAGUUUCAACUUUGAUUACUCUUACUGGUCCCACACAACGCCAGAGGACAUCAACUAUGCGUCCCAGAAGCAGGUGUACCGAGACAUCGGGGAGGAGAUGCUGCUCCACGCCUUCGAGGGCUACAACGUCUGCAUCUUCGCCUACGGGCAGACGGGAGCCGGCAAAUCCUACACCAUGAUGGGGAGACAAGAGACGGACCAGCAAGGCAUCAUCCCUCUGCUGUGUGAAGACUUGUUCACCAAGAUUAAUGUCAACAAUGACAACAGCAUGUCCUACUCUGUGGAGGUGAGCUACAUGGAGAUCUACUGUGAACGUGUGCGGGACCUGCUGAACCCCAAAAACAAGGGCAACCUGCGGGUGCGAGAGCACCCCCUUCUCGGCCCGUACGUGGAGGACCUGUCCAAGCUGGCCGUCACCUCCUACAACGACAUUCAAGACCUGAUGGACUCGGGAAACAAAGCUAGGACUGUGGCCGCCACCAACAUGAACGAGACAAGCAGCCGGUCGCACGCUGUCUUUAACAUCAUCUUCACCCAAAAGCGCCACGACUCCGAGAGCGAAAACACCUCCGAGAAGGUCAGCAAAAUCAGCCUGGUGGAUCUGGCCGGCAGCGAGAGGGCCGACUCCACGGGGGCCAAAGGCACCAGACUGAAGGAAGGAGCAAAUAUCAACAAAUCCCUGACAACUUUGGGAAAGGUCAUAUCAGCCUUGGCAGAGGUGGAUUCUGGAACAAACAAAAACAAGAAGAAGAAGAAGGUGGAGAGCCACAUCCCCUACAGAGACUCUGUGCUGACCUGGCUACUGAGGGAGAAUCUGGGUGGCAACUCUCGCACUGCCAUGGUGGCCGCCCUCAGUCCUGCUGAUAUCAACUACGACGAGACUCUCAGCACCCUCAGGUAUGCUGACCGGGCAAAGCAGAUCCGUUGCAACGCCGUCAUCAAUGAGGACCCCAACAACCGCCUGGUGCGGGAGCUGAAGGAGGAGGUGGCGCGCCUCAGGGACCUCCUCUGCUCCCAGGGCCUCGGAGACAUCAUCGAGACAUAUCGGGGGUCAGACACUGAGAUGGCUGGUUUGACAUACUUAUCCGAUUACAAGAACAAUAACAAUAGUGGGAAAGCUGUCAAUCAAAGAGGUGAUCUCUCCACAGUGACCAAUGCCAUGACUGGGAUGAGUCCGUCCCCGUCUCUCUCCGCCCUGUCCAGCCGCGCGGGCUCCGUCAACAGCCUGCACGACCGCAUCAUGUUCAGCCCUGGGAGCGAGGAGGCCAUUGAGAGGCUCAAGGAAACGGAGAAAAUCAUAGCUGAGCUCAAUGAGACCUGGGAGGAGAAGCUUCGCCGCACAGAGGCCAUUCGCAUGGAACGUGAGGCCCUGCUGGCUGAGAUGGGUGUGGCCAUGAGGGAAGAUGGCGGCACGGUGGGCGUGUUUUCACCCAAAAAGACUCCCCAUCUGGUGAACCUGAAUGAAGAUCCUCUGAUGUCUGAGUGCCUCCUAUACUAUAUCAAAGAGGGAAUCACAAGGGUUGGUCGUGAUGACGCAAGUAGCCGUCAGGAUAUAGUUCUCAGUGGCCACUUCAUCAAGGAUGAGCACUGCAUCUUCACCUGCGCUACUGGGCCGAACGGAGAAGCAGUGAUCCUGGAGCCUUGUGAGGACGCUGAGACAUAUGUGAAUGGCAAGAGGGUGACGGAGCCCACAGUUCUCAGAUCAGGAAACCGCAUCAUUCUGGGUAAGAGUCACGUGUUCCGCUUCAACCACCCGGAGCAGGCGCGCCAGGAGCGGGAGCGCACGCCCUGUGCUGAAACCCCCAUAGAGCCCGUGGACUGGGCCUUCGCUCAGAGGGAGCUGCUGGAGAAGCAGGGUAUCGACAUGAAGCAGGAGAUGGACCAAAGGCUGCAGGAGCUGGAGGAACAGUACAGGCGUGAGCGAGAGGAGACCAACAACCUCCUGGAGCAGCAGAGACUGGACUAUGAGAGCAGGCUGGAGGCCCUCCAGAAGCAGGUGGACAGAUAUUACCCCGAGAUGGCCGAGGAAGAGGAGGAGCCUGAAGAGGAAGUGCAAUGGACGGAACGAGAAACAGAGCUGGCCUUGUGGGCCUUCCGCAAGUGGAGAUGCUACCAGUUCACCUCCCUCAGGGACCUGCUGUGGGGCAACGCCAUCUUCCUCAAGGAGGCCAACGCCAUCAGCGUAGAGCUGAAGAAGAAGGUCCAGUUCCAGUUUGUGCUGCUGACAGACACUCUGUACUCCCCUCUGCCUCCGGAUCUGCUGCCCCCUGAGGCGGCCAAAGAUCGGGAGAUACGCCCCUUCCCCCGGACCAUAGUGGCUGUAGAGGUGCAGGACCAGAAGAACGGAGCUACUCACUACUGGACCCUGGAGAAACUUAGGCAAAGACUGGAACUGAUGAGGGAGAUGUACGAUCGGGCUGCAGAGGUCCCCAGCCCUGCGCUGGAGGACUGUGACAGUGCCAUGACCGGUGGUGACCCCUUCUACGACCGCUUCCCAUGGUUCCGUCUAGUGGGAAGAAACCCCAUCUUCCACGCAUGCAUGAGUGAGCGCAUGAGCGAGCCCACCCCCUCCCCCACCCUCUCCAACCCCAGCUCGGACAUAACCGAGCUGGCCGACCCCUGGCGCCGGGGUUGGAGGGUGGAGGAGGAGGGGAUGGAGGAGUUGGAUGACCUGGACGAUGAUGAUGGUGAUAUCUUUUUGGACGACCUGUGCUCGGAGUCGGGGGGAGAGGAGGAGGAUGGUGAUGAGGAGGUGGAGGAGGAGGAGGAGGAAGAGAGGGCGCUGUGCCCGCGCUCUGGCGAAGGCCCGGACCCUUUUUACGACCGCUCGCCCAUAUUCAGUGUAGUGGGAAGGGCCUUUGUGUAUCUGAGUAACCUGCUGUACCCGGUGCCUCUGGUGCACCGCGUGGCCAUUGUCAGUGAGAAGGGCGAGGUGAAGGGCUUCCUCAGGGUGGCAGUACAAGCCAUCUCAGGCGCUCUGUGUUUUCCUCCAGCCGAUGAGGAGGCUCCAGACUAUGGCUCCGGAGUCAGGCAGUCAGGUACUGCUAAGAUCUCCUUUGAGGACCAGCAGUUUGAGAAGUUCCAGACCGAGUCGUGUCCACUGGUGGGUCUGUCUCGGACAGGCGUAUCCCAGGAGGAGUUACGCAUUGUAGAGGGGGAGGGGCAGAACUCAGAGAUGGGCCCUUCAGCAGAUGAGGUCAACAAUAACACCUGUGCAGGUGAACACACUGGAGCCAAUCCAGAUGAACUGGAGAACCCUCUAAAGGCAGGCCUUGAGGGGCCUCUGGAAGGGGCCAUGGAGCAUUUGAGGAUUGGGAAUGUCUUCACCUUCAGGGUCACUGUGCUUCAGGCCUCCAGUAUCUCUGCGGAGUAUGCCGACAUCUUUUGCCAGUUCAACUUUAUACACCGGCAUGAUGAGGCAUUCAGCACCGAACCUCUGAAGAAUACAGGUCGUGGGCCCCCUCUAGGAUUUUACCAUGUGCAGAAUAUUGCAGUCGAGGUUACCAAGUCAUUUGUGGAGUACAUUAAGACACAGCCCAUUGUGUUUGAGGUGUUUGGCCACUAUCAGAAACAGCCCUUCCCACCACUGUGCAAAGACCUUAUCAGCCCUCUUCGCCCGAGCAGAAGACAAUUUCCACGGGUGAUGCCUCUCUCCAAACCAGUCCCUGCCACCAAACUGACGGCGCUGACCCGUCCGACUGCAGGGCCCUGCCACUGUAAAUACGACCUCAUGGUGUUCUUUGAGAUCUGCGAGCUGGAGGCCAACGGAGACUACAUCCCAGCGGUGGUGGACCACAGAGGAGGGAUGCCCUGCCACGGAAACUUCUUGCUCCACCAGGGUAUCCAGAGGAGAAUCACAGUGACAAUCGUACAUGAGACAGGGGGUGAUAUUGAGUGGAAGGAGGUCCGUGAGCUGGUUGUGGGGCGCAUCCGCAACACACCAGAGGCAGACGAGACCAUCAUCGACCCCAACAUCCUGUCACUCAAUAUCCUGGCUGCAGGAUACAUCCGACCCACGCAAGAUGACAGACAGUUUCUUGAUUCGGACAUGCCUAGGACCUUCUACCGCUUCGAGGCGGCCUGGGACAGCUCCAUGCACAACUCACUGCUGCUUAACCGCGUCACCCCUUACGGGGAGAAGAUCUACAUGACCCUCUCGGCCUACGUGGAGAUGGAGAACUGCACUCAGCCAACAGUCAUCACCAAAGAUUUCUGCAUGGUUUUCUAUUCGCGAGAUGCCAAGCUGCCCGCCUCGCGCUCCAUCCGCAACCUCUUCAGCAGUGGGACCUUGAGGGCCUCAGAGGGUAACCGGAUCACUGGUGUGUACGAGGUCAGCUUAUGUCACUUGGCCGAUGCUGGGAGCCCAGGCAUGCAACGCAGGCGCAGACGGGUGCUGGACACCUCGGUGGCGUACGUGCGCGGGGAGGAGAACCUGGCAGGCUGGAGGCCCCGCAGUGACAGCCUCAUCCUGGACCACCAGUGGGAGCUGGAGAAGCUCAGCCUCCUGCAGGAGGUGGAGAAGACUCGGCACUACCUCCUCCUGAGGGAGAAGCUGGAGUCCACCCUGCUGCUGGGUCAGGAGUCGCUGCUGUCCUGCGGGAGCGAGGAGUUAUGUGACUCGCCCUUCUCCUCCUCUGAUGCCGGCCAGGGCCCCAGCCUCGGCCCCGACAUUCCCAACGAGAGGCAGAGAGAGCUGGCCGCCAAGUGUCUCCGGCUGCUCACUCACUCCUUCAACAGAGACUACAGCCAUGUGUGUGUGAGCGCCAGCGAGAGCAAGCUGUCUGAGAUGUCUGUGACACUCCUGAGGGACUCUACUUCGGGCACCGCUCUGAACACCAUGAUUCCAUCAUCCACGUGUCCCUCAUUAUCCGAGGGUCGCUAUGGCAACACUGAACUCAGACCUCCUACCCCUCGCUCCCGCGCUGCUAGCCCUGACCCCAACGUCCUGCAGGAGGGAGAAGUGAAGAAGUCACCCACUGGACCCCCAGAGCCCAAGCCCAGGACUCGCCUCUUCGUCCCUGACAUCCAGGAGAUCCGCGUCAGCCCAAUCGUGUCAAAGAAGGGCUAUUUGCACUUUCUGGAGCCCAACACCAAUGGCUGGGUGAAGCGCUACGUGGUGGUGCGCCGGCCGUAUGUCUACAUCUACAACACCGAGAGGGACACUGUGGAGCGUGCUAUCCUCAACCUCUCCUCUGCUCAGGUGGAGUACAGUGAAGACCAGCAGGCCAUGCUCAAGACCCCCAACACAUUUGCUGUGUGCACAGAGCAUCGUGGGAUACUCCUGCAAGCCAGCAAUGACAAGGAGAUGCAUGACUGGCUGUAUGCAUUUAACCCUCUCCUCGCCGGCUCUAUCAGAUCGAAGCUUUCCAGAAGAAGAGCUGGACAGAUGAGGAUUUAAGCUCUCCCCGACAGGCACACACAGAAUCUAAAACCACACACAAAACCAUCAACACAAAGAGCAAUCGAAAAAUGUUCACACACAUACUGUCCUACAUAUUCUGUAAGUCGCUGCGGACAAAAGCGUCUGCUAAAUACAAUAACCAUAACCAUAAUCAUUACAAAUAACCAUAAAAUACAAAAUGAGCAUACACAGAAAACACACACACACACACGUACACAAGGAAGAUAAAGACUAAUGUUGUAAAUAGACCACUUGACAGAGCCCUGUCCCUUUCUUCUUAACUGUGCCCUGUCUCCCCUGUCCUCUCCCCCAGUGUCUGCACAUGCUCAGUUAAGCACUAUCUGACCACCAGUGUACUGAGGGACCUCGCUGUGACACACACGUCUAUGGGUCCUAGAAUGUUACGCCUAAAAUCGCCAAGACUCAAGAAUAAUGUAAACUCUAAAGGUUAAAAAAAAAGAAGGCAAAACAAUAGCCAACGGUGUGUGGAUGAAGCGUCGGUUUCUUGUUUUUUUGACUGAAUAGUAGGUGUUCUUCAGUUCUUAGCCUUUUGAUCUCUUCAGUCAAGAAGAAAGCAGUGUGUUGACCAAAUUGUCGAUUGACAGGGCUUUUUUUGCAAUGUACCUAGAUUUGUAACAUCAGGAAGGUGAUAUCCCACCCCACCCCACCCUAUGAUUGUACCUCAGUGUAUGAAAGAUAUGACAAAAAAACUUGCAGAUAAAUGGCCUUAUUUGUGUUGCUUGUCCUCUAACAGGUAAACAAUAUUACAGCAGGUCAGUAUUCAAACCAGAAAACAUCCUUAUUUUCCAGAAUCUUCUUGGCUUCUGCUGAUAGGUCAGAUCAGUGAUAACUGAUAAGUCUUUUGCAAAAAUGUAAUCUCUGAAUGCUUUUGCAUCUACCCAGUGCUUCUGGAACCCACCAUCAAUACUUGUGUAAACAUCCACUGCUCUCCAUAGAAAAGGUCUUGAUGUGCUUUAAGAUUUCACAAUUUAUGGAAGAAAAAAAAGAAACAAAUACAAAAGAAUUUAGCAGUUCCAAAAAAGAUUACAAAUGAUUCUCACGUCUUUAAUCAUGUCAUAAUGCAUUGCCUUCCCACUCUGCAGGACAGUUCCAAUGAUGUGCAUAAAGUCCUGCUGUACCCCAAAUUGUGGCCACAAGGCCAGAGGAGUGCUGUUGAAGUUGCUCAUCUUUGUUCAAUCGGGAGUGAUAGGCUUUCCCCGAUGCCCUGUUAUAAUUUAGAGAUGGUAGCUAUGUAGGUUUUACUAAGGUUAAAUUAUUAGCUAAUCAUUAAUCCCACUAUCCCACUAAUAUUCUGGGGAAGAAAAUAACUAUUUUCGUUCCCGCCUGAUGAAAUAUCUUUUGUUUGAUUAAAAAAAUAUCUUUAUUAGAAUUUUUUAUCAAUGUAGGUAUUUAUUUUCUGUAACAUCGUAUGUAUUUAUUUCAGCGUGUAUUUAUUGACAAAGAUCAAAAAGUUUAUAUUUUUAAAGAAGUACAGUGCAAUUUCUGCAUAUGGCACUUUUUAAUCAUGAGUUUCCCUAAUCCAUCUUACUCACCCAAACACUAAUGACUUACUUGCCUUGACCCUUCUUCAAAUCAGAGGAAAUCAUGUGGGUAGUGUAGGCAGUUGAUUAGGAACUGCAUCGAUAGAUACGGUAGACUGCUUGAUUACUUGAAAUUCAGUACAUGUAGAUCAGUUACAGAGCAGAACAUUUUAGCACAUAUGCACACACACACACACACACACACACACAUACUCCAUUACACAUGUACUGUAAUACACACACACAUAUACAUCGCAUACACAGUGAAAUAAAAGAUAGACUCUAGAGAAAUAGGUCCAGAUGUCGAUACCCCUGAAUAGUAAGAAACAGAUAAAUACUCAAGAGUAGUUGCUCUGAACUGAGUCUGACUCGUGUCAGACUGGAACCAUAUCAGACAUGUAACACAUCAAACAACACAUCCUCAGUCAGAAAGACGACCUACUGUACGUACAAGUUGUCCGGCAGUCUUUUGUGUACCCCUGGCGUUUGUAGCAUCAGGACAGGGCACUGGAGAAGGAUCUGGAAACUGAUAUAAUUUAGUGCCUCUCUUUUCAUCCAUAUCGCUACCCCCUGUUCCUUUCUUCCCGUCAUCUCUGUCAUCCACACAAGCUGCUUCAGUGUCGCACACCCAACCCUCAUCGUCCUCUCAUGUGAUGACCCCAACCCCCGUCUCAAUGCUCAUCAGUCUGUACACACUGGCAAACAGUAGUACAUAGUUUUAUUCAGUUUGUAAAUUUGAGUGUACAAGUUAUGCACUUAAUGUGACUGUGAGUUGUCACAUGCAACGUUUUCUAAGCAUACUGUAUCUAGUGAUUAGAAUAGAUAAUACAUUUCUACUGAUAGCUACUUAAAAGUAUAUAUAUAUAUAUAUAUAAAUAUAUCACUGAAAGGACAUAUGGACCCAUGUGAAGUGCAGUUUCCUCCCCACCCCCACCCAGAUUCUGGACGAAUGGACCUAACCUCAUAGUAUCCUCUCUUCAGCUAGUCAUGACACAGCUCCUGUACAAUUCUCUGAUGAUGUUUUCUCCUCCCUCACUCUUCAGUGCAGUGCAGAAUGCUUUUAACUCUCAGGCUGCAUUUCCAUAUAGCCCUCUCUCUCUCUGUUCGAGAUGCCUGCUUCCACUUUUGGAAUGCCAUGGUUGCAAAACAGCUGUGCUAUCUUUGUGUUUUUGUUUGGCUUUGAUGAGAGUUUAGAUUGUGUUCAUGUCGUGCAACAAAACUGGCUUUGAUGCUGUUAAUGUGGCAUCCAUCAAAUGUGUUUACAUUGCAGAGAUUGCACGUUGGAUACAGCGCUUCAAAUGGACUGUCUGUUGUGGUCAUUUUGUGAUUUCUGUAUUAUAUGCGGCGCACAUAUCAGUUCAUAAGCUCACACUAUUUAUGCGAAUUAUUAAGUGAGGAGAUAAUAAGUCCAUAUUAUUAUUAUAUUUUCAUGAUUGGACUUGGUAAAUGUAGAACACAACAGCCUUGAAGGUAUGCAGCUGAGCUGUUCUUGCCCUUGAGUUUGGGAACCAGUGGUGCAAGAACCAAGACUAAUCUGUUCCUCUCUGCCUCCUGGCUGUGGGAAAUGUCCAGAGUGUUGUCAGUGAUUGGCUAGUUCCCCGAAGGAAGCACCCUAUCAGGGUGGAGUAUAGGCGUCAUCAAGCCUGAGGUCAACCAGCCUACAGGGAUGACGAUUAAAGAAAGCAAUCUUAUGGCAGGGGGAACUGCAAUGGAAAGACGUCUUUUACAACCAAAUCACACACUCUGUGUUUGCCCCCACCCCUCCAUGGAUACCAAAAUGGAGGGGUCAUGGAUGGUAUUAGUUAAUCAUUUAUUUGCUGAUAUUAGUUACAGAGCUUAUCAAAAUACUGAACUUAUCAAAUGUCCCCACCAGACAAGUCACCGCCCAACAUCAUCAGCCUAAGUGUACUGCUUGUGUUGUUCUGCGUUUGUAAUCGAGUAGCGCAUGCAAUCUUUAUGGCAAGGCCUGGCUGGGCUAAGAGAGAGUCUCGGCUCAUUGCGCAUUGUAAACAUCUCACUUGCUACAGUGUGAACAGUUCAGUUCUUUUGACCAGUCUAAUCACUCCAAUCCUGGACAUGGGUUGGUCCUCUAGAUUGUGCUGUAAGUGCAUAAUUUAAACACUAAAGAGAUGUAAAUAUCAAACUAAGGGGAUUGUUGACUUUUUAUUUGCUGUGAAUUAAUUUAGAGGGAAGUUACCGUUCUGUCAGCUAGGUUAUACUGUAGGUAGAUUGAAGAGGUGUUGUCAGCACAUUUAAUGGAAUAGGCUCUACGCACUAGUGGGGUCUGAGAUGAUGAAGAAUCUGCACAUCUCUUGGCCAGCACAGUUUUUGAUAAAGUGUUUACAGAGUGGAGUAAUCAUCUUCAUCAUCAUUAUUAUUGUCACCAUCACCAUUAACACUGUCCACACUCCCAACAGCCUCUGCAAAACAGAUUUCCAUCUGGCACAUUGUUUGUGUGCUAACAUUUCCUUUCCAUUCAGUGCGCACAAAGCAAAACAGAAAACAUAAAGUCAUGAGCAUUUUUUUCUAUUUUCCCUCUUAUCUUCUUCUGGAUGUUAUUUUGCAUUGUAUAUAAACAUGAUUGCUGUGAAUGGUGUUUUAUGCUGCGGUAAGCUGUUUAUUCCAUUUUAAAUGGGCAGUAGUUCAAUGUCUCUAUUUGAGUGUUGGAGUUUAACGAGUCAAAUGUUUGUGUACACUUAACACAUUGUCAGAUAUCAAAUAAACGUGGAACUUAUGCAACACUA